UUUAAUGGCUGAGAAAAGGCUUUUGACCAGUUUUCACCCAGGCCUAGCAAAAUCAUACUUCUCAUUCUCAGGGAGCUAAUUGCAUAUGUAGUACCCACGCAAGCUCUCACUAACUAUCAUGAGCAGCCUCUCCGUCGACCUUGUUGCUAUUCAUUGCAGGGUUGGUGCGAAAAGCUCUAGCAGGGUGUGGUUGAGAAACUGUUUUACAAAUAAAAGUGGCGCUCCACUACACAUAGUACAACAAAGGAUUCCUCUCACCAAUAGCAGCCAUUCUUGUUGUUGCUGGGCGAGUGCAUCGUCAAUUAUGGCGGAGAAAGGGAAAGAGAGUGAGAGCUCAAUGUUUGAUGGAGAAAGAGCAGGUGUGGUGGUGAAGGAGCUGAGAGAGUGUUUCAAUUCUGGGAAGACAAAGAGCUACGAAUGGAGAGUGGAGCAGUUAAAGAGAAUCGCCAAAUUCAUUGAUGAGAGGGAGAAGGACAUCCUUGCAGCUCUUCAUAACGAUCUCUCCAAACCCGAAACAGAAGCUUUCGUUUCCGAGAUUUCUUUGACGAAAGGUUCUUGUAAUUUAGCAAUUAAAGAACUGAAUCGUUGGAUGACGCCAGAAAGGGUCAAAACUUCGUUUUCGACUUAUCCAUCAUCAGCAGAAGUUGUUUCAGAACCACUAGGAGUUGUGUUGGUCAUUUCCACAUGGAAUUAUCCUUUCAUGUUAUCUCUUGAGCCUGUGAUCGGAGCCAUUGCAGCUGGAAAUGCUGUGGUUCUUAAACCAUCAGAAAUUGCUCCAUCCACUUCGUCUCUGCUUGCUAACUUAUUAGAGGAGUAUGUCGAUAACUCUGCCAUAAGAGUCGUUGAGGGGUCUGUUCCUGAAACAUCUGCCUUACUGGAGCAGAAGUGGGAUAAAAUAUUCUAUACAGGUAGUGGAAGAGUUGGAAGGAUUGUGAUGGCUGCUGCUGCAAAGCACCUCACCCCGGUAAUUUUAGAGCUCGGAGGGAAAUGCCCUGCUGUUGUGGAUUCAAAUGUAGACAUUCAAGUUGUUGCGAGGAGGAUAAUAGCAGGCAAGUGGGGAUGCAAUAAUGGGCAAACUUGCAUUGCUCCUGAUUAUUUAAUAACCACAAAAUCUUUUGCCAUAAAGUUGAUAGAUGUUCUACGAUCUGAAUUGGAGAAAUUCUUCGGGAAUGACCCAAUGGAAUCAGAGGACAUAUCCCGCAUUGUAAACUUACAUCACUUCACACGUUUGACGAAUCUUAUGGAUGAGGACAAGGUAUCUGAUAGAAUCAUGCUUGGAGGCCAAAGAAACAAAGACCAACUAAAGAUAGCUCCAACCAUCUUGUUGGAUGUUCCAGAAGAUUCUCAGAUAAUGAGGGAGGAGAUAUUUGGGCCAUUACUACCCAUUCUCACUGUUGAAACUCCGGAAGACAGUUUCACUGUAAUAAACUCAAGAUCUAAACCUCUUGCUGCAUAUCUCUUCACAAACGAUGAGAAGCUGAAGAAGGAUUUUGUGAGGAACGUAUCAGCAGGAGGAAUGCUUAUUAAUGACACUAUCCUCCAUGUUGCAGUCUCUGGUUUACCUUUUGGAGGAGUUGGGGAGAGUGGGAUGGGGUCAUACCAUGGUAAAUACUCUUUUGAUGCAUUUAGUCACAAGAAGGCAGUUCUUUACAGAAGUUUUAAAGGAGAUUCAUCUGUAAGGUAUCCUCCAUACACACAUGGAAAGCUCAGAUUUUUGAAGGCCAUAAUGAAUGGUGACAUAUUGGGAGCAAUACUUUGUCUAAUAGGAUGGACUAAGGAUUGAUUGAUAGAUACACAAAUAUUUCUGUAUAGAUAGAUAAUAAAAAUCCAUAAAUUUUCUUUGCUGUUGAUUAUAUACAAAAAAAGUAUAGUUGCUAUAAAAUUGGAUUGAUUAGAGUAUUUCACGAUUUUAUGUAGGGGUAAAGUUCACC